AUGCUCUCUGCCUGGCUGCAUGAUGAAGCUGGCAUCUGUGAGAAGGCAAGCAAUGCCACAACUGCCUCCUUUAAGCAACCACAGACUGUUGAGCAUCCAAUUGUUGAGGCAGCACUGAAAGAAUGGGUUGAACAAGCACAGCAGAAGGGUAUUGCAAUAAACGAGAACAUCUUGAAAAUCAAGGCAAGACAGUUUGCAGACAUGCAGGGGAUUCCAAAGGAGAAGUUCUUGUUGCUCUCGAAUGGUUGGGUUCAGGGGGUAAAGGGAUGGCUGGGAUUGAGAGGGGUACAGCUACAGGGGGAAGCUGCAUCAGCUGAUGUUGAGAAGGCUGAUGAGGAGGAGUUGCGUCUGAGGAAGAUUUCCAAUCAGAAGGGUGAUAAGACUCGCAUGUCUUACAUGCUGACAACAAAUGCAGAUGGCAGUGAGCGGCUUAAGCCAUUGGUUAUCAGUCAUUCCAAGCAGCCUUGCUGCUUUCAGCACAAGACACCACAAUCCCUUGGCUUUGAUUAUCAUUUCAACAAGAAGGCAUGGAUGACUGGAGUGAUUUUCCAGCUCUACAUUACAGCCCUUGACUGCCAAAUGCAACAACAGAACCAGAAGAUCCUUCUUCUUGUUGACAACCACAAGUGGGAUCCAGCAACUGUCACAAAUGUCCAAGUCAAAUUCCUUGCCCCCAACAUGACUGCACAUAUUCAACCAAUGGAUGCAGGUAUCAUUCAAAACUUCAAAGCAAACUAUAAGCAAGCACACUGUGAGCAAGCACUGGAUCAGGAGAUGGCAGGUGUGCUAGAUAUCUAUUGCAUCGAGCAGAAGGAAGCAAUGGGGUUGGCAUGGAUAGCCUGGGAGGAAGUCACAGUUGAAACAAUUGCCAACUGC